AUGAGCGCUUCAAGAGUCGCUGCCCGCCGGGUAGUGGCGUCGCACCCACUCGCUGGGCGAAGUAUACUGCGCCCUGGAGUCGGACUGUCGUCAACACACCGCCAAACAAGAGCCCUCCCAUCUCACAUGCAGGCCAUUGCAUUAUUUGUCAGGCAUGUUUCUACUGAGCACAACUCCGCGGGGCAAUCGAACGGACCCCCUCCCGGUUUCGACAUCAACAAGGCGAAACAACCACUGCCCAAGGAUAACGGCAAGGCAGACUCAAUAAAAGCAUCCGAAUCCAGUUCAACUUCAAAGGUAGACCACAGUGCCGACGCCGCGUUGGCGCAAAAGUCCGACGGGCCAUCAGGAGAGGCAAAGAACCUGACGGAGCUGUCAGCGAAAAAGGAUGCCGAAGUCAAGAAGAUCGAGAAGGAGCAGGGCAAGAAGAUGACUCUGGGCCAGAAGAUAAAGCAUGAGAUUCAGCACUACUGGGACGGCACGAAGCUGCUGGCCACCGAGGUCAAGAUCAGCACCAGGCUAGCACUGAAAAUGGCUGCUGGAUACGAACUGACCAGGAGAGAACAUCGCCAACUUCAGCGAACAGUACAGGACCUGGGUCGUCUGGUGCCUUUCUCAGUCUUCCUCAUCGUUCCCUUUGCCGAAGCGCUUUUGCCUGUUGCUCUGAAGCUCUUCCCCAAUCUCCUCCCCAGCACAUACGAGAGCCAGUCGGCCAAGGACAAGAAGGCUGCCACUCUCCGAGCCAGCCGGAAGGAGGUCAGCUCGUUCUUGCGCAACACGCUCUUCGAGACUGGACUGCCCUUGACCCCCGCGACUACACAGAAGGAAGAGUUCUCAAUCUUCUUCCGAAAACUUCGUGCUACUGGCGAGAAGCCUACAACCGAAGACGUCAUCAAAGUCUGCCAGAUCUUCAGGGAUGAUUUAACUCUGGACAACCUUUCGAGGCCACAGCUCGUGUCCAUGUGCCGCUACAUGAACCUGAACACUUUUGGCACAGACAUGAUGCUCCGUUACCAGAUCCGCCACAGGAUGCGCCAGAUCAAGCGCGACGACAAAGCUAUCAGCUACGAAGGCGUCGACAGCUUGAACACGUUAGAGUUGCAGGUAGCAUGCGCAAGCCGAGGCAUCAAGACACAUGGUGUUUCCCCCGCUAAGCUACGCGAAGAGCUUCAAUCGUGGUUGGACUUGCGCUUGACCCACGGGGUACCAUCUACCCUGCUGGUCCUGAGCAACGCUUAUAUGUAUGGCCAGAAGACCGACGAGGGUAGCUUCCAUAGCCAGAUCGAGGCUCUUACUGGCGUGCUCUCUUCCAUUCCCGAGGAGUUGUACCACGAGAUUGAGCUUGAGGUUCACAAUGCUGAAGGUGCUGCCACCAACAAGCAGCGUCUCGAGGUCCUCAAGGAGCAACAAGAACUCAUUGACGAGGAGAACAAGCAAGACCAGCAGAACCAAGAUACUGGUUUUGCUACUCCUCGCGAUGUGGACGACAUCGACGAGAAGGAGGAGCGCCAGGCGGCAGCCAAGGAGGCCGGCCAGAAGUCCCAGGUCAACGAGGCCAUGGGCGCCGAGGCUGACGGUGACGAAGUGGCCCAGAAGGUCGCAAAGGGGGAGCCCAAGAAGCGCGACUCCUAA